UUCCUGCGGGCUCCUCACGCUGGUGCGGUGGGAGAGGCGGGCCGGGCCCGGGCGGCGGUGCUCUCUGGCCGCCCGCCCCCAGCCGGGCUCGGCGGGGCGUCUGCUCCUCUGGGCCGAGGCGCUCGCCACCCUUGGGCUCCACCAGACCCCAGCUUCAGACUCCAGCCUGGUUGACCAGUACAAAUAGGUGGAGUAUUGUUACAUGGAGCACCACAUUCUGAGUCUUGCCCUUUCAGCCACAGAGCCCGUGGUGCCGUCUUCCCGGCACAGAACCUCAGCCACACGCCGCGGGAAGCUGCCUCGAGGGGCGUGGUGUCAGGAGGAGGAGCUGGGAGCCCUCAGCUUCCAGGGUGCCUUCUCCCAGGAUCAGCAUGGAGAAGCCUGCAGGCAGGAAAAGGAGAACCCAGGCCCCAGAGGCAGAGGCAGGUGUGCAGAAGGCCACUCUGAAAGGAGAGAAAGCAUCUGGUGGCAAGAGACCCAGCAAGAGACCCGCAGCACCCAGAGAGCACCACAAGGAGCCGAGUCUGAGCCCUGAAGACGAGGCACAGCUCUUUGAUGCCUUCGACGCCUCGUUUAAAGAUGACUUUGAGGGUGUCCCUGUGUUCAUUCCUUUUCAGAGAAAGAAACCCUAUGAAUGCAGUGAGUGCGGGCGAAUCUUUAAGCACAAGACGGAUCACAUUCGCCAUCAGAGAGUCCACACUGGGGAGAAGCCCUUUAAGUGUGAUCAGUGUGGGAAGACGUUCCGGCACAGCUCUGACGUCACCAAACAUCAGAGGAUCCACACUGGGGAGAAGCCCUUUAAGUGUGGGGAGUGUGGGAAAGCCUUCAACUGUGGCUCCAACCUCCUGAAACACCAGAAAACCCACACCGGAGAGAAGCCAUAUGAAUGCCAAGAGUGUGGGAAAGCCUUUGCCUACAGCUCCUGUCUUAUCCGGCACCGGAAACGCCACCCACGGAAGAAGCAUUGAGUGGGGGUGGCCUUCAGGUCACAGAGUUCCCGCUGGGGCACCAGGGCUCCCUCAUGCAGCAUCCGGUGAGGCCUGGCCCUGUGCUGUGUGCUGCGCGUGCCCGGCUACCAUCCCUGUGGUCACCAGGAGAACCCACCCAUCAGUGUGAUUGGCAAGAGGCCUUUCUGCGUCAAGCUACAGUGGUGGCACGGGAGCCGCUCGGGGCUCCUUGCAGCCACAGCCAUUUUCCAUGCUGCUCUGUGCUGCUCAGUGCUCAACACAGAACACACCAGCCUGUCACCUGCCAUCCAUGGGGCACCUGAGGACACCCCUGUGUUCYGUCCCCAGCAGGAGUGGCGUUCGUAGUUGGUGAAGGCUGAUGGCUCCUGAGUGGCCCGCCUAUAGUGUCCAGUCCACUCUGGUCCUGUUACUAACACCUUGAAGACUCCAUCUGUGGAUKCUCAGCCCCUUGGAUCCCUGAGUUUAGUCCCAGGAACUGAGCAGGCACCUGGGACCCCGAGCUGGAUAGCAGUGGUCUGUGACCAGCUCUGGCUUCUUUACUAGGGUACCAGGCCCCAAGUUCAGCCCCUGUCCCUGGAACUGAGCCACACCUGUGCUCUCCCACCCAGCCGCCACCCCAGAUGGACAACCUGACUUACCCAGACCGACCCGUCAGACGUGGGCUCCUCGGCUCCUGAGUGCUGCCGCCUGGGGAGAUUCCUGCCCUGGCCCUGUGCUAGGCCCCCAGGGUGCUACCUGCAGCUUCCAUCCAUURACCUUCAGACAUGGUGGUGGCCCUGCCCCCUUGGUGGCCUCCACUCAGGACCUGUAGGUUGUGUCCCAGAUGCAGAGUUCCAUGUUGCUGAGCACCUGCCCCUGGUCCGGGCCUUGAAGACACUGCAGCAGUGUGGACAGAGGGCUGCCCUGGCCACCAGCAGCUGACAGGCCGCUGGAGAGGACCGUCCCAGCAAGGUGUCCUGAGGAAAGGACCCUGGAACCAACCGGCAAGACCCCAUGUUCCUGCAUUCAGAGGGGAGUAGAGAGGACCAGUGUCCACAUGCAGCUCCUCUGGCCAUCCAGGCUGAGGCCUUGUACACCGCUGAGGGCACAAUAGAGAGGGCCUCUGGGGACAUGUAGUAAGAAAGGCGGCGGGUAGGGUCGAGCAGAGAGGCCCUGUCAACACAACUGCUCUGCAGCAAGUGCCCAUACUGCACACCGCUCAGCCACAUCAGGCAGCUGCCCACCAGGGACAGUCCUUGCUCACUGUCAGCCGCCAGCCAUUGCAGGGGCGCUUUUCAUACCAACUCCAUGCUCAGAACCCUCUGGACACCUGAGAAGAGUCCUGGGAGAAACGGGACAGUCCUUGAGCCAUGUGACAGGGCUCCCUCACAGGAAAACGAUCGACAAAAGCCAGAAGCUUCUCAGGAGCUGGAGGAGCCCACCUAGGCAGUGCCACUAUAACCACCAUGUCCAGCAGACACUGCCCACUGGGUCCUUGACCUGGUGUUUCCCAGGCAGCACCCAUGCCAGGCCCUGUGGGGAAGCAUGGCCUGCAGGUUGCAGCUAGGCCUUACCCACAGAGAGGCUCUGCCAGGGACCGGACAUCACGAAUCCAGACCCGGUGUUCUGGUAGCUGCUUUUCUCUCCCUGAAGCCUUCUCUGGCACACAGGUGGGCAGGCUGGCCAGCAGCAUGGCCUUGGCCUGUCUGCCUGCAUUUUCUGACUCCCAGUUAUACCUGGGCACCAUUCCCUGUAUCUCAGAUCUGUCCCAAUUUGGGCACAAGAUAAACUCAUUUCCUUCCUGUGCCAGUGAGCUCAGACACCAAGACACUGUGGAGGAAGGCAGGAUGCGGGUGUGGGGAGAGCCAGGUGCUCAGGAGCAUGGGGUAGGCUCCAGGUGAGGAGCUGGGCCCACACACUGCCGCAGUCUGCAGAGAGCAGACGGCUCUGGGCCUGUGUUUUCCAGAGCCUCAUACCUGGAACUUGGCCCCUUCUUCCUCCUGAACACCAGGUACAUGUUCAGCUCAUGGAGAACAGGCAGGCCAUCCUCAACUUGACUGCACCCCAGGACUUGUGCUUGUCUGUGGUGCAGCUCCAGCUGAUGCCAAAGUGGCACAGGGAGAACCUCGGACCAGCAAGGGUCCCUGGGCUUCUGCAAGCAGCACCCAUGCCAGGCCCUGUGCAGACUCACCUCAGCUACCUGUGGGCUCAUCUCAGUGUUUGCACCUCUUUGUUUUCCUACAAACAAAGGACUCCUGGUGCAGCUGGAGGCAAGUAUCAUAGGACUCUUCUGACCUGUCUGGGGCAGCACCCUGUGCACCUUAGUGACGCAUGUACUGCUGUUAACAGUCAUGUUCUGGCCUCUUGUGCUGUGGCAGAUACUCUCCCUAGUCCAAUUUUUCCCACUAUAAUGUGUAUUGUCCAAAAAUUUAACUCUCCAGCUAGCCAGAGUCGCUCCACGUGUCUUCAACUUUGGGGUGAAACUGUUUGUGGCUCCCUCCACCCUGAGGGCUGCCUUGCGGGGCCACCACAGCUCUGGUCACCGAGSCUGCCUGUCCCUGCUGCUCAUGGACAUGUGUCCUCCUGGAGUGGACGUCUGCCUCCAGCCCAUCUGCUGUGUUCCWUUGUGCCUCCUGCAGUUUGGGGUGUGCUCAAGAUUCCCUCAAGGAGGAGGCCACUGGCUUCCUCUCSAGGGAAAGUGAGGAUGCCCCUUCCCAGGUCCCCCCAGUACAGGGUGGGACCCCAGCUGGCCACUGCCCCCAGUGAAAGUCUUUAGGAUGCUCCCAUUAACCAAACUCAUGAGAACCUGACACACACGAGAAAACUAAUCACUGCCUUGUAAUGGGAGUGCCCCUUCCCAGAGACAGAACACCACCCUGCCUUUCUGGCUCCAGGCAGCUGGGAGGGAGGCUGGUUGGAGUUUGGUCAGUUGUGCUCACCUGCAGUCAGGACUUCAGGGAGGCCUGGGAGGUGUUCUGGGCUCCUCCCUGGCACCCUGUCAUCCCCAGCCCCCCUCCCUGAAUUCCAGA